GACCUCCGUUGCUCCCCUAAAGAAAAACCUCGCAGGAGCAGCGCUCGUGUUUCAUCCCCCUUUUGACCUACACGCACGACGCACGCGCUCGCUUAUUUUCCCGAUUUUCCCGGCCGCCUCGGCACCGUUCGCCAGAACUCGUGCUGGGAGGGGGCCGAACAGUCAAGCCAUCGGGGCUGCUCCAAAUUUGAACGUAGACGUUUUAAACGUAUUUUACUUAAUUAUUAACUAAUUAGAAGGCGAUUAGAAAGCCAUGAGUGUUAGUGAGGUUCGUUAAACCCGUCCAACAUUGAAGUAAAGUUUGACGACGUCGAGAAAACACCUUCGGGGUUUAUAACGCCAUUUUUUCACCUCGGGGAAAUUAUCUUCUCGUAGACAAUUAUUCGUUGUUGAUGGCGAAGGGACAAUAACUUCAAGAAUACCGAUUAAUCGAAUUCUGAUCGGGGGACGUGUUUUAUUUUUUAUUUCAAGUAAUUGUAUUAAGAAAAGUCUCGGCCGGAAUUAUUGAUUGGUUUGUACGAUCUACAACCUACUAUUACGGAGCCGUUGAUAAAAUUAGGCUAAAAUGCAGCGAAUCCGGAUCAACGUAAAGCACCAGAAAUGUUUUGGAAGAAUUUUUAAAAAUAGGUGAUCAUGUAUGUAUAUAGAGAGACAACCCAGCGCUGAUCUGGUAUGCAGUGGCGGAAAUUGGCGCGCUCGAAGAUCACAUCCGGUCGGUCACGUACGCGCAACAUGCUCUGCUGUGGCCGCAGAAAGGAUAAUGGGCGAGAGGCUUUGGAUCUCACAGCAUCUCCACUGCGAGCACCAGCGGCGGCGCCUAAUUCUAGAACGACACACCCUCCGCCUAUGGUUAUACAGGGUGAUUUCAGAAAGGUGUCGGGUAUUAGCAGUGAAAUUUUUAAGCAGAUAGAAACUGUAGAAAAUGAUCAUGAUGCCUCGACGGCUGCUGCUUUGGAUCACGUGGAAAGACGCGGUGAGAUGAUAGUUCGCAUCUUGGAAGCACGUCACCUUAGCAGAACAGCCAACGAUGCCGUGAAACGGUUUACGGCCAUGCAGGAUGCUAAACACACGGUCCAGUUUGUGGAGAUAGUGAAGAGGCCCGGUCAAACGCUGGGAUUAUAUAUCAGAGAAGGUAAUGGAAUUGACAGAAGCGAUGGAGUUUUCAUAUCGAGGAUAGCUUUGGAAUCGGCAGUGUAUAACAGUGGAUGUUUGAAGGUUGGAGACGAAAUUUUAGCCGUAAAUUUGGUCGACGUGACGAGGAUGAGUUUAGACGACGUCGUCAUAAUAAUGUCGAUACCAAGACGACUGGUUUUAGCAACGAGACAACGAAAAGCAAGUAAAGGGGGACAAAGUUCGCCGAAUGUUCAGCCCCGAGUGGAGCACAAACCCCCUCCCGUAGUCGUUAUUAAAAGAGAAUUGAGAGACGACGAGACUGAUGACGGGGAUCUCGAUCACAGAGAUUCUAUUCGUCAGAGACACACGGGCGACGGUAGAGAAAUGUCAGAAUCGAGAUCCAGAUUGGGAUUGGGUCUUUCGUCGUUAGAUUCGCGACAUUCGACGCAACAAACAGUAGACUCAAACGGUUUGGAUUUGUUUUAUAACAGCCGACCGCCCGACGCUAAUUGGGGCUAUCAACCACCUCCUCCUGUCAUUACUGAACAACCUAAAUCGAAUAUGCAACAUUUUCAACCGUACGAAAGGAGUUAUCCUAAUACGCUGGAGAGUCUUGCAGAAAAAGUACAUUCGUUCGGUAUGAGCAGAAGAAUGUCGGCGGGAGGACAACCUAUCGGCACAAGAAUAUCUUCUCAACAAAGUCCUUCCUCGCACUAUUACGUGCAACAUUCUGGUACGGGAUCUCGACGUAUCAUGCCAAGAUCAGGUUCCGAUCAACAUCUACCGCAAACGGAGUACUCAGACUACACAAGUAUCACUCCGGCCGGAAGACAUAGUCUGCUAAGAAGCAGCCUUAAAUCAGGAUCAACGCUAAGCAGGUAUAAUCAACGUUUUGUCGACCAAGCAGCCGUCGCAGCUCAAAUCGCCCAAUCGAAAUACGGUACUACCGGGUCUCAAUAUGCAGCAACUGGUACUAUGCGUAGAACCCGAGGUAGCCUGGAUUAUUCCAGUGAUACGGAAGCUACUUCGGGAUCUAGAGCUGGAUAUUAUUAUUACAAUCGUAAUCAGGGAGCUGCAGGAGGUAUCCCGCAUAGUACAAUACCAACAUUGGGACGUCAAAAUUCUCUAACAUCUCAAGAUAUUACCACUAAAUUUAAUUCUUUACCUCGAGACACCAGGGCGGCAACAAGAUUGGCAAUGAAUAAAAGAUUCGGUGAUAGAAGCGUGUCGCUUAUUCAAGACGAAGCUGACGGGGCACUUUCAGCACCCGAAAUGCCUUCCUCCAUACGAAGAGAUAGAGGAGGGAUACAGUCAACUAGUGUAUUCUCUUCAGAUGAGUAUAGGCAAUGGUUGAGUCGAACGCCAUCGACUUCCGCCAUCUAUGAGCAAAUAAGAGCAUCUAGAGAUGUUUUGAAUCAACAACGAGCUGCCAGAUUCACAUAUAGCGCUGAAAAUAUACAUGACGCUUUGAAAAAUAUGGAAAGCGGUUUGUACAGUGGAUACGGUCGUCCGGGAGCAACUGCAACACUUGAUCGACAUUUUAAUAGAUCCCAAACAUCUAAUAUACCAGCGAGGUCUUUAUCAAUCCAACAUAUCACGUCAACACCAGCUCUUAGUAAUACGAGAUCUCCUUCGAUGCGUCGUAUGAGACAACUUCUCGACCUAGAUUCCGUAAGAACUGGAGCUCCCAGUCCGGUGCCGACACCUAGUGGUACACUUCCUCGAGGUCAAAGACAACUUGACAUCAACCCUGCUGAAUUUUUAAAAUAUAAAAUCGAUAAGCCGACGGGAAUGGUCGGAGGGACCUCAAUAACAGGUCUAUCUCAACUAGCAGCAGGAUCGGUAGGUUUAGCUUCCGACGAGCCCAUCAGCGGUAUGCUUUGGGUCCAUUUGCUUGCAGGAAGAGGAUUACGUCCAUCUACGGGUACUUCAACGGCAACUACUCCUGUUACACCCAGCGGAGGUGCACCAACAGCUAUCACAGGACCAACAGCUAUACGAGAUCUAUACUGUGUUUUGGAAUGCGAUCGUGUACAUAAAGCUAGAACAGUGGUACGAACUGGAGAUUUAGUUUUCGACUGGGACGAAAGUUUCGAGCUCGAUUUAGUUAAUAAUAGGGAAUUGGAUUUGUUGAUUUAUUCUUGGGAUCCUCAAUACAGGCACAAAUUGUGCUAUAAGGGUUCCGUUUAUUUGCCCACUCUGCUCAAGUCCGGUCCUAUACACCAAUUAGCACUUAAAAUUGAACCGAGAGGCACAUUAUAUUUGAGACUGAGACAUACCGAUUCCCAGACUUUGUAUCGUAGAAGAUCUCUUUCAACGUUACCUCUAUCUAGAACGACGCCGCUUUUUGGUGUUGAUUUAGAAACUGUGGUAAAUCGAGAAAGUAAGACUGGUGGUGUACCCGGAGGAGUAGCCACGGGUUUAGUAUCCAGUAGUCAACACAACAUUCCUAUUAUAAUAAAAAGAUGUGUUGAAGAAGUAGAAAGAAGAGGGUUGGAUAUAAUUGGUCUGUACCGAUUGUGCGGUUCUGCUACCAAAAAACGUAUCCUCCGAGAGGCAUUCGAAAGAAAUAGCAGAUCCGUGGAUUUGAGCCCGGAUAACGUUCCGGACAUUAACGUCAUCACAGGCGUACUCAAAGACUAUCUCAGAGAAUUGCCAGAGCCUCUAUUCACCAAAUGCCUCUACCAAAUGAUGGUAGACGCCCUAAGCGUUUGCUUACCCGACGAUCCCGAGGGUAACGCUAAACUUAUGUUCUCCAUAUUGGAUUGUUUACCUAGAAUUAAUAGGGCCACGUUAAUAUUUUUAAUGGAUCAUCUCGCUUUAGUCGUAUCGUCUUCGGAUCGUAACAAGAUGUCUGCCCAAAAUUUAGCGACCGCCCUAGCUCCCCCGUUAAUAUUACAAACUAGCGAUUCCGUUACCCCAACGACAACCGCCAAACCCCACGAAAUCGACUACCAACAACCGAUAAGCGUGUUAAAAUAUCUUCUGCAAAUUUGGCCUACACCAAAACACCAUCACUCAGACAGGUCGGCGCGGCAGGCCAUCCGGGCCGCGUGGAGACAAUCGCAGUGCGUGUCCUCCUCAGGGAGCGGCGGUAGCGGCUCUACAAUCAUCGGCGGGGGCACGAGAGCCGUCUCGGCUCUCAGCGGCUCCGUUUCCUCCUCCUCCUCGCUCAGCAGUCUCGGGCCCGCGAGGCCCACAGCCACAGGUCCCAUUACACCAGAUACUAGGCCCAUCAUCAGCAAGCAAAGGUCCUUACCGUCCACUAUCUCCUCGGGUAGGACCUCAAGCCACUACCUCGGCAGGAGCGCUUCGACCGCGGCAAGUGAUAGUCUCUUCGCCAGGAUCUCCAAGCAGCAGUAGUGACUCACAAUCGGGAUCAGAAUCAGUUAAACACUGCCUGCCCAGCCGCGUCAGUUCUCCCGUCAUCCGCGCAUCUCCCUCAUCUCAAACAAAUUUACGAUCGUCUCCGUCGGUAACUAUCAGUUCACCGGGUUUGAGACAUUCUCCUUCGAUCACAAGCUCCGUAUCCGGAGCGUCUCCGGGUCCUAGAAAUUCUCCUUCUAUUUCGAGUUUGAGUAGAGUUUCGCCUUCUGUUUUGAAUCAGGUGUCGAGAUCCAGUUCGCCGGCUAUGCAAGCGAGUUCAGCGGGACUUAACGUCACGUUAGGGACGACGACUCCUUCAUUCACUUCUACUUAUACUAACCUACCCAUAACAGUUACUUCUACUGGAGGUUACGGUUGGAAUUAUUCUCAGUCUUCUACUUAUACUCAACCGACGACUUACGCCAGUACCAAUCCGUUUUUAACGGGAUCUUAUAUGAGUUACACUCCCGGAGAUUCUUCUUUUACUGAAAAAUUCAAUACUAUCGGUCCUUCGAAAGAAGUUAAAUCGUUUUUUGAUUCCUAUACCAGCGAUGUCAAUAAAUAUUCGACAUUGAAUACGAAGAGCUCUUACGAUUCCGAUUAUUUAUAUUCCUCCGAUAAAACUAACGGUAUAAGCAGUCGUUUUUUGGAUAAAAAUUAUUUAAAUACUACAUAUUCGAACGAAAUGAAUAAAUACAGUGCGGGUAAGAACGUAACGUAUGACACGAGCCCAAGUCCAAACGUAACACAGUCCAGUAGCUCAACUUCCGGGUUAUUAAACGUCGAAGAAACCCCAACGCCUACCAGUAGUAUAGAAACCGAAGACAGUAACACUAGGGAAGUGGGAGAAAAAGACGUAGAAGGAGAUGGAGAACAGAGUGACUGAAACAACGCGGCGAGGGCCCAAUCAUUAUUUACUUAUGGCAGCACAAAUAAGUAUUAGAUUUAAGAUUUCCAACGUAGAAAAUCAUUCAUCUUCGUUGUAUGUAACCAUUAUACUGUCUUCAUCAAUAUAAAAAAAAAUAUUAUUUAUAUACGAUGUUAUUCAAUUUGAGUCGAUAGAUGGAUCACCCUGUAUGAUUAUCAAGUUAAUAUUUAAAUUUAAAGAAACUUGUUUUAUCCAAAAAUAUAUAGAGAAAAGGGGAUUGUGAAGUUUACUUUUGGUACAACUCAAAAUUAUAGAAGGCUCUAAAUAUUUUAGAUCGACUGUGCAUAACUCAAAACCCCACCCUUUCAAUUUUCAAUCCUUUAAAAUAUCUAUUUAGAUUUAUUAACGAAUUACCCUGUAUUUUGUUCUACAACUUUUUUAAAUAAUUUAUUUCAUCAUGUCAAGUAUUAUUUCAAUAUAAGUUUGGCAACAUUCGAAAUAUGAUGGAAGUAGACGUUUCCGAGGUAACCCGAGACAAGACGAGCGCCAUAUUUAAUAUAUAAGAUUAUUUUAUUGAAUCGUUACCAACUUCGGCGUUCUUUUAGGGAAAUUAUUUUUAAUACUUUCAAAAAGUCAAGUAUUUAGAUUGAAAAUUUUAAUUUAUUUACAAAUUUUUUUGAAGUGAAACUUUUUUACAUUGUCGCAAUAUUUUUUGCUUAUCUAUCGCUUUACAGCUGGACGCGGAGUAGGGAUAAAGUGAUAAGCGCAUGGCAGAACAGCCAAUAUGGCAGCGUUUUUAGCUCGCGUCAGCUGACCGUGUAGCAUUUAUAUCAAUUUAUAACAGAGAGGCGACGUCAGGUGACGAUUGCCGUUUGACGUUCGUAGCAAAUUCUACAUCCUAUUCAUAAACUUGACGUGGCUACCGUUAACCUAAAAAUUUUGUUAUUCUUUUUGAUGUGUGUACAGGUUUUUGUUUUUGUGAUAUUUUUGAUUUUUUGUUAGUAAUCCUAUAUUUAUAGACGAUAUUAUGAGAAAUAACGAAGUUUUUCUUAUUGGCAAAAACGUAAACGAAUGCGUUGAGUCAAUGAAUAGUCUCAAACAUUUCAAAUAAACGCCAACGUCUAGAAUAAAAAUUGUGACUUUUCAAAACAUUUUUUUAUACUGUACUGUAAAGUCGACUUUACAGUACUAAUUUGAGUCCGGAAAAUUGUAAUUUACGGUAUCCUUGUACUUUACAGUACUAUUAAAUUCUCCCAAUCCCGUUUGAAAUAUUUUUGUUAUUUCCAAAAAUUCAAUAUUUUUUUAAAUAGUAAAAUUGUAAAAUAUGACAUUUUAUAUUUUAAUAUAAUUUUGCUUUUUAUUUAAAACCGAAAACAGUAUAAAAAACAUAUUACGAUAUUCGGCCGUGAUUAGAUAUUAACUCGGCUCCUUCGUGGCCUCGUCCAUAAACAUCUAUCUCGUACCGUACUAAAUCACUUCCCGGGCUUAUAACGUAAAUAACUAUUAUAACAAUAUUAAAAUAAGCAACACUGUAAAAUAAAGGAAAUAAGAGAACUCUGUAUGGGCCGUACAUCAAGAUAUAAUAUAGGUCUACUUACUGGUGAAAGAAAAUACCUUCAGGUUUGAACUUUUUAAUGUUUUUACACUUUUUCGUCUCUCACUACAUCGUUCUCAUUAAUAAAACCGAACGCGACGACUACAGUGUUCAAUAACUGACACUUAUAAACUAAAACUACGUAAUAUGUUACCAAAACUACGAAAACACAAGCACGUUGCAUUAGAAAAUAAUAAUUAACACCAAAUCUGCUGUAACAACAAACACAAUAGCAUUGUUGACGUAUAAUCACUAUUUCAACGUAAAGUUAUCAUUCUUAAAUAAUGGUAUUAUUUAUUUUAGCACUAUUUUAUGACAACAAUGUCAAUGUGUUUUAACAUAAUUUUUGUGAGAAUCUGAACAUUUUAACACUUACGCGCCAUAAUUUCAUAACAGACACUUGACAACUCAAACAACUGUCGAUCAAAAUCGAUGCUCCACGGUGUCCAUCGAAAUUUGGUUGCGCAGUCGUCGAGUUUAUUCUCCUCUCUCUAACUCUUGAUUUAUAUUCUUAUUUAUUUGUGCAAAAAUUCAGUGGUAUUUGUGUGUUUUGAAUUGUUUUGUAUAUUCAUUGUCCUAAUGGUUAACGAUACAACUAGAGAAUUAAAUAAACCGUGCAAGGAAGGAAAAACCAAGAAAAUUGCAAAAAAACUCAUAGAGAGAUAGAAUGUUAAAAAAGUUCUUGUUUAUAGGAAAAGGAAGAAGGCUCUCGGUGAGUUAGUUUCAUUUUUAUAACGAAUUCAAUCGAAUUAUUGAAACUUUCUGUCGGUGGAUAUCGUUGUCAAUGAGCUGAUUUGUUAGUAUGUGAAGAGUUUGUUAAUAGUUAGAAUCAAUUAUUAGAGACCCCAAACAAAUAUUACUUACUAUGUAAAAUAAACUGUCACCAGUCGAGUAAAUAAAUCUGUCAUUCAUUUAUAAAAUGUCGACCAAGUAUUUUUAUAUAUAGUAAAACAUUGAGGCCGAAAAAUAGUCUCUAAUACAUAAUUUGUUCACUAUUAAUAAAUUUCUUCAAAGACUUUCAAUUCUUUGUACCAGUGAGUAUUAAUUUUAAUUUAGACUCGAUUUCUAUGAAAAUUUGUUGAAAUAUUUUCGUUUUUGUGGGGUUUAUUCGAUAUAUUUAUAUUUUUUUGUGCCUACACAUUAAAAACGCAAUUUUAAUACCCCAGAUCAAAUAAUUUUCAAUGGAUGCCUUCAAUGGAUAAAACACAUUUUUUAACGGCGUCGGUUCAAGCAGCGAACGUAAAUUAUCGUAAUGAAUUUUUUACUAAACCCUACGAGAUGUAAUGUCUGAGAUCACAUAAUCGAAUUUACCAAUAUAUUUCUACCUUAACGUAAAAGUUUUGUUAUUAUAAAUUAAAAAUACGAUUAUCAAAGUUCCUCUGCAGUAAAAUUUGUCGUUAUAAUACAAUACAAAGAGAGCGUAGUCAAUACGUCUAGCUAGAAUAUAUACCAAUGAUGCCAACUUGCAGUUUUUCACUUUAAAUUUAUGGAAAAAAAAUUGUCAUAAAAAUAUGUGUUAUAGAAAGAUGUACCUAGUGAUGGCUUAAAAAUGAUUCAAAACGUCAAAUAAUUUGUCUCUAUUUAUGAUUCAGCAGUCACUAUUUCUACUAUUUUAAAUAUAUUUAGAUAAGUAUAUAUUUUUUUUCUUCAACUUUUAACUGCUUAGAUUUUUUAAUAUUUUUUUCGUGAGGAUUUAUUUUGAUUUUAGAUCUCUUUUAAUAGAAAAUCGGUUUAGAAUAACUGGUAAAAAUUUGACGUUUCAACCUUAUUUAUCAAAAAAAUUUAAUUUGUUAUUUUUUUCCAAGAAAAUAGACCCAAAAUCAAGACAAAUUAUCACAAAAGCACUAAAUAUUUUUUGAAAUUAUUUUCUUUCGACAUUUCUCUAAAAACGUUGAAACUAUUGUCACGUCCAAAAGAUAGUUUCGAAUUUAGGGGGAAAUAAUUCAGACGGCUGGCACCACUGGUGUAAUCUCGCUUAUUACACACGAUCCGAUCGUAUUGUUAAUGAUGUAGUUUAUGUAGUACAGCGUUGCCAUUUUCUUUACGAUAUAAAUACAAUCCUAUAAACAUUUUAAUAACAGCAUUGAAAACAAAUUAUUUAAGUUUAGAUGAAAUAAAUAUCAGAAAAUAAUACGACUUAAAUUGAAUCGAACACGAAUUGUGUAUAUUUGCUUACUAGAAAUCAAAUUAAAACAAUAGAAUCAUUGUUAUCUAAUAUUUAAAUUUAUAUAAUUUUAGUUUAAUAGAUAAAUAAAUAUUUAUAAAAUGAUAGAGUAUUAACUAAAUGGGAUAGAAAAUAUAACUGUUGGGUGUUACACACAACUUAUUUUUUAUGUUGAUUUUUUUUUAAAGUGUGAUAUUCAUUAGAUGUUAUUACUAUCCAUAAAAAUACGUUCCAUAUUACCAACAUGCCCAACAAACUCUACAUAUAAACAGGGUAAAAAGGGGUCAUAUAAAAACGAUUAUUUUUUUAUAUUCUGAAUUAGUGUUAAUGUUUGUGACGUAUGAUAAUUUUUGUUCGUCGAACGAUUUUUUUAAAUCAAUAAAUACUAAAAACACUAGUCCUAAUUGUUUUUGAAUUCAAAAUUUAAUAUUUAGUGACCUUAACAUUAAAUAUAUUGUCUUAUAUGACACCCUUAGUAACUAUUUGCAUUUAUCUAUUAACAAAUCACAAACUAUUUGCCAAAAAUAGCCCGGAAUAGAAAAAAUAUAUAUAUUUUUUGGAAUAACAUGUUGGUUUGAAUUUGGAAUGGAGGUUUUUUGCUUAUUUUUUCAUUAUCGAUGCUAUUUUCGAAGAUAAUUUCAAUUAAAAAGUAAUUACUCCCAGUUGAAAGAGAUUUCAUCGAUAGAUCGUGUUUAAUUGGCAUAAGUACAAUAAAAAUCAUAGAAAACCCAAAAUAAAUUUCGUUGAAAGCAAAGUGUCUAUGCCAACAAAGUCACGUGAUUGUAGCCAUUGCCUUUACCUGCAUUUUUACCACCUCUCCACUUAUAACUAAUUAAAAUGGUACCAACUACGAAAUUCUGCACAUAAAAGUAUUUUGAUUUUUCUUUAAAAUAAAGCUUCUUCCAAAGUGCCAGUCAUUUUUUGUCGUACAUUUUUAAAUUAAUUAUUUUUUUGUAAUAGUCAAUCUGUUGCAUAGUCAUUACCAUUAAAAACAUUAUUCUAUUUUUGUUUCUACGUUCAACGUUGCCAACUCAUCACAUUCAUAAUAAACUUUUUUGCUAUUUGAGUUAUGUGAACAUUUUAAAAUUGUUUUGUAAUCUAUAACUACGGUGAUGUGUGUGAAUAUUUGACUGACAUCUAUAGUGGAAGUGUUUUAUUAUUCUACGGUGUUACAUUCCUACGUCAAUUCUAGUUAGUGUGGCUACACUGAUUAUGACCACAGAAUUCAACGAAUCACGCCAUGGCUCUAUUACCAAAAAUAACUAAGCGUAGAUAAGAGCUGUAACCCCCAAUAUAAAUUUUCUUAUCUUAUCUUUAACAUAAUAGAGUUUUAUUAUAAUUAAUUGUCGUCUCUAUUUUAUGUAUUUAAUAUGAAGUUUUCUUUUUUUAAUGUUGUUUUCAAAAAUUUGUAUUUAUUUGUCGUUUUUUGUUCAGGAAUAUUUAAAUAACGUUAUAUAUUUAUAUCAUUUUCUCGAUUUUUCACUCUAAUUUCAAUACACAUACAAAAAUCUUAUUAAAUUACCAUACAAUCACGUGACUUUCAUAAUAGGGUAAGUAACUAAAGAAACGAAGUCUGGAUUAAAACAAUUACGCCAUCUCUCCAUGUAACAGCGAACCUACAUGUCAAUUAUUAAACCGUAUUGCAGGAAACUGUUGAAUAACAUUCACUACCAGUAUAAAGGUGGCAAUAUGUAGUUCACAUUUUGUCAGUUUGAAAAUAACAGACAGAAUUUUAGUCCGUGGUAGAUUAUUGAGAUUUUUAUUAUUAUCAGAAAAUUUUUAUUUGCAUUCAUUGUAUUGUUUAUUUCAAUUAUCUUUAUAAUUUUAGACAUAAUUAACUCCUAUGUAGAGCUUUCUCAUCCAGACGAAGAAUUGCUGGAUGUUAUGUCGAGCUUUGACUGUUAUUUUUUAACUGAAGAUGUUAGUAGAAAUUCUCAUCUUUAUAUACAUCUGUAAACUGAACAUGCUCUAUGAAUUGGGAAAUGGAAAUUAUCAUCAAUAGCGGAGAAUGCAUAAUUUUAAUAAUUUAAAAUAUGUGCACAAAAUAAAUACUAAUGUAUAAAAUAAAAACGUCACUGCCAUGUAACGUAUUGUAGGCAGAUUUCCAUCUAGUAUCUAUAGCGAAAAAAUUUGUACGCGAUUAUAAAAAAAAUAUUUGUAGAGUUUGUGAUUGAUUCUUUUUCUAGAAUUUGUAAUUUUUCAUAAUAUCCUAACCGCUUAAGAUGGUCUGAUCUCUGUACAUUUUAAAACAUGUAUAUAGUAGGAACAACUGAAAAAAAAAUCGUGAAUCGUUUCAAACUAUUUAAUUUGCACUUAAUUGUUAUAUGUACAGUAUUUGUUUUAUUUAUAAUGUUAAUUGCCAUGCAAACAUUUCCGGGUAUAUAAAAAAAAUUUGUAAUCGAUUGUUUCUACAUAUAAUAUAUCGUUUUUGUUAUGAAAUAUUUAUUAUAAAUGUUUUUUGUGUAUAUAUUAUCGACAUUGCAUGAUAGAAAGUUCUGCUAUUUAAAUAUUUGUAUGGCAAUAAAAACGAAUAUCUUUGAAAGUGUAUCUAACGAUAUGGACGUUCCAUACAUGCUCCUUCCAAUUACUUACCUCUAGGCCCUUGUCCAGAAUCAGCUGAGAAUCGUUCGUUUUAUAGAAUAUCGACCUAAAUUCAUACAUGCCCAGAAAACAAAAUAUGAAAAGUUGAAAUUUUUAGUAUCUAAUUUUUGCUUUCAGGUUAAGGCUCAUAAAUUGUUGCUAAAUGAUUCGUGGAAAUAUUUUAAAGAUCUUAUAGUCCUUUCCUUCCUUGUGAAAAGCAAUAAAAAUAAGAUCAAUCUUCAUGAAAUAUAACAUUUUUUUAAUAAUAUAGAAUAAAUACUAUUUCACCCUAUUUUUGGUCAUGAUAAAUUAAAUAUUAAUGUUUUUAAGUUAGGUUAGAAUCCAUUUAAGCUUCAUGCAUUCUUUGUAGCAAUACGUGAAUUUCAAAAUUAUUUAAUUGGUGUAUAAUUUGAUUUUCAAUUCUUUGAUAAUUUUAAAAAAUUGUUUAAACAGUAUUUUUUCAUUAGUCAAAAAGGUACUGAAAUUUUGGUUUUCAAAAUUAGACCUGAUAUUGAAUUAAGUUCGCCAAAAAAUGGACAAAAUGAGAAUAAAAUUUCAAUUUUUACGAUUUUUCUCUUCCAAAAAUAGGGUGUACCUUACUUCCAAACAUUUAUCUUUAUUUAUAUUGUUAAUAUACCUACCCAAAUAUUUACAAAUUCACGAAAAAACAAUGUGUUCAAGUGAAAACAUAAUAAAAGUAUAAAAACGAUACAUACGAACCACCCUGUAUUGUUUUGAUAUUAUUGCUUCUGGUCACCUAAUUUGCUUCACGAGUUAAACGAAUGGACUAUAACUAGUUCACAUUAAUAUUGUUUGGUUAUAAAAUCAAUAAUUAUAAUAAAAACAAAAAAACAAUUAAUUUGUUGUAUUUUCUAAUAACCAAGUAGCAUUAACUUCAACUUAACUAUAAUUUCGAUUUCUUCAUUAAAUAUAUUAUUUUAUAUAUUUUAUAAAAAAAAUUGGUUUUAAAUAUUAUGGUAUGUAUAUUUGGGAUAAUAUUCUAGUUGUACAUAUAAAUAUUAUAAAAUAUAUUAUGGAACGUCUGCUUAGCACUAUGUAAUAAACAAUUGUAUAAUUAUAAUCUCGUAAAGCAAAACGAACAACAAAUAACUAAUUAACUCCAAUAAAUUAUAUACCAGGAAUAUAACUAAAAUGCCGUCGGUUACGCCAUCUUUACAGCAAAUUCUAAACGUCAAUUAUUUCUCCGUACCGUAGGAAACUGUAACGAAAGGAAUAGUGGCCAUUGUUGUUCGUGCUUUUUUUAUUCUAUAUAUUUAGUUUCCGGUUCGAGGUUGAAUGAAGUGUAAACGUCAUUAUAAAUCCCUCAUUUUGUAAUCCCCAAACAAAUCUCUAAAUGAUCGUAACUGAAAACCUAUUUGAAAUUAUAAAAUUUAGCUUAUAAACAUUCCCUAUCAAGAAAUUGGUUUUGUUAUUCGUUUUGUCUUGUGGAUGUUUGAAAUUGUGCAAAAACUAAACGUGAAUCCCAAAUUCCAUAAUUUUUUGCAUUUUUGUACUUACUUUGCGGUGCUAGAGAGCAGUCAUUAGGUUUUGAUGUUGAAUGCAUACACAAAUUAAAAGAGGUACCAAGGUCAUAUCAGUACGGUGGAUAGAGGAAAAUUAGUAAAAAUGUUUUUACAUUUACAUAAAAUUUGAUUCAUUGAGAUUAUAAUUUGAAUUGAAUUAAAAAUGGCGAAAGGAGUUUCCGUAGUGUUAAGGAUAAAAAACGAAUUUACCAAAAGUGAAAAAGUUCUCCAUAUAAUGAAGACAAUACAUAACCUAUAUUUUAUAUAUACAUUAGUUCUGUGACAUUCUUUUAGAUAUGCAAAAAAAUAAGUUAGUAGGGACUAAAUUUGAGUAAAAGUUCCUUUUUACAAAUGUCAGAUGGGGGUAAAACCUUUUGUAACAACUUUUUAAAAGUCCCUAUAUAGCUAUCUACGUUUCAACAUCAAGGAGUGAUGCGUACAGUCUAGAUCUUUUUUUUUACCUCUUGUGAUAUAUCAUACUCAUGAAUAUAACAUAUUAAAAUGACAAUAUAAUAAAAAAUAUCAUAUAUAGAAUACAGUAAGAAAUAAAAAUAAAUAGGUUCUGUAUUUACACCGCCAUCUGUCAAUCAUACUAAAAAUUUAUCGAAAUAAAAGUGAAUAGAGAAGUUAUCGCCAUCUGUAGGUAAGAAAGCUGAUGUAAAUAAAGGCAUAUGUAACGUUUCUCCAAUGACGUAGAAAUAUACAUUUAUGUAAAUUUAGCAAGAUACAUUGAAUAAAUAAUUUUGGCUAUUUUUCCACUAUCUACAAAAUAUAUUUGGUCGGUAUCUUCUCGCCUAAAGUAGUGAAUGUGGCUAAAUAAAUUAAACAAAAAAAUGUAUAUUUAUUAUGUUAGAGACUGUGUGCUGUGGAGAGAGAUACUCUAGUCAAUUUUAAGUUUAGUCAAUUUUAGAGAUGAGUAGUUGAAUUUAUUAUUAUUAGAUUAUGCAAGCACUGGGUAAAAAAGAAUUUAACAACUAAGAACGAAUAUAUAAAAUGUAUCUAUAGGAGAAGUAAACACGAAAAUUUCCGAUAUAAUUGUUUAGAAAUGACAUUAACAGUUGUUUUUUUAUACAAAUACAUUAAUUUCUUGAAACAGAAUGGUCGAAAUUGUGUGUAACUUAACAUGUUACGGUUAAAUUGUGAAUUAACUUGUUUUAGGUUAUGUAAUAUCAUUUUUUAUACCGUAUACAAAGUAUAAAUUAACUAUUCAAAUUAUUUUGUCAUCAUAACAACAUUAUAUACAAGUGAGAAAUUCGUUAUUUGAAAAUUAAUUAUAUAAUUCCAUUUACCCAAUUCUUCUGAUUAAAUACUAAGAAAAUAUUUAACAUUUCACCGACCUUGAAUCGUUUAAAAGAAGAAGAGGGUACGUUUGUAAUAUGUUACAAUACUGUUAGUCCAGGAGCUGGCGCUCUAAAAGUUUCAAAUAGUUGUCUGCAAUAUGUGAUAAAAAAUUUCGUUCUUAUUUAGAAAAAAAAUUCAAAAUUUUUUUAACCAGAAAAACAGACAAACCUUCAUGAGGGAUAAUUUUUAAUACUGCAACUGAUCUUGAUUUGUGUAAAAGAAUAUGGAAAGCUGGUAAUUAGUUACAAUACCCUUAGUUCAGGAGCUGGCGCUCUAAAUAGUUGUCUGCAAUAUAUUUGAUAGGAAAUUUCGUUCUUUAUAAGAAAAAAACGCUUCAAUCAAAUCAGAAAAUAAGACAAAUUUUGAUGAGGGAUAAUACUUAGUAGUGCAAAUGACCUUGACUUGCUUGAAACAAAAGGAAAAACUGAUAAUAUGUUACAAUACUGUUAGUUCAGGAGCUAACUCUCUAAAUAGUUGUCUGCAAUAUAUUUGAGAGGUAAUUUCGUUAUUUUUCAGGAAAAAAAAAUGUGAAAAUCAAUUGUCUAGACGAAAAGGCAGGCAAUUUCAAUCUCUUUCAGAAAUAAAUGCGUUAAUCCAAUUUUUUAGCCUGAUAGUCUUAAGACAAUUUUGAUGAGGGAUAAUAUUUAAUACUGCAAAUGACCUUGACUUGUGGCAAGAAUAGGGAAAGCUAGUAAUUUAUUACAAUACUGUUAGUACAAGAGCUGGCGUACUAAAUAGUUGUCUCCAAUAUAUUUGAUAGGCUUUUUUGUUUUUUUUUAAAAAAAAGGAGAGUGGUAUAAACGCUCAGGAGUAUUUUUGAAGUUAAAGAAAUUUAAUGUAUCUAAUUAAAUAAGGCUUUCUUAGAUCUUCAUAAUCGGUUGUACCGAAGUUCUUUUCAUUUGGACAGCUCCUGGACUAUAUAAUGAAAAAAAUAUGUAAUAAAAUUAGGAAACCAGUUAUUUGUCACAAAAUAAUAUAUAAAUACUAUCUAGAAAUUAUUCGUUUUUGGUUGUUAAAGUUCUAUACGAAAAUUUGAUCAUAUUAAAAAAAAUUGCGUAUGUAAAAAUGUUGUAUGCACAUAUCAUUAUAGAAUUUAUACUUUCCUAUACAUGACGGCUGAAGUGUGUACAAUAAUAACGUAAAACCUUGACCAUUUAUUAUAUAUUUAUCUAGCUAAAAGUAAUUGUAUAAUAUUGGAAACAUGUUUGGCAACAAACAAUUUAUUGCUUUGAAUUCCUCUAGCUGUACACACAAACACACACACACAACACACACACUAAUUUAUACAUAUCCCAUGUCAUCCGAUGGGGUCAGUCUUCUUGUUGUUCUUUUGUACUUUCUAUUUCCUAUUUCUUUUCUUUAUUCAGUUUUGAUGUUUCUGUUGGUAGUCAUGGGAGGAGUUUUCCAGCAACAACUCCCCUUUGAACUAGUCAAAGAGGCCCCAAAACUAUUCUAACAAGUGAAAGGUCUUUUCCUACUUUAAAAAUACAUCAAUUGAGGUGCGGCUUUACUCAAUGAUUGUUAUUACACCAAUUGAUGUACUGAAUGAGUUUUAUUUGGAGCCACAUAGAAUGAACUUUGUUUUAUAGCAGGAAAGAGGACAGGUGGUUUUAACUGUCAGGAAAAUGAACACUAACAGUGAAAAGAACAUUUUGAUAUUAACUAGUUACCAUUAUUUAUUUUUUACUGAUAGUGAGAGUGGAAAGAGCGCCAAAAUCUAUGGUACACCUCCUCAUUUCAGAAUCCUGGCUAUUGCUUGUUAGGUGUAUGUUUUUCGCAGCCUCUAGAAGAGGCAGAUGCCUAGAAAAACUAUAUUCUAAAAUGACAUUGAAACGUAAUCUGUUUUUUUGUUCUUAUUUUCCACACAGCUAGUUGUGAUGACUUUGGAUGCCUGGAUUUUGAUGCCAUCACUCACCAGAUUCUAUAGGACUCUCUAGCACUCCAGUACUAGUCUAGAGCACGCCUUUUCAGCCGUUAUGGCAGCUCCCCAAGCAAUGCUUAUUUUGGGGUGUCCUCCGCAGAAACCUGCUCUGACCAAGCCAUUCCUCCUGGAGCCAUCUGUGUACCAGCUGGCUCCAUCUGCAUUGAGGUUAUACUAUCAGUUUCUGUCCAUCUCAGAACAAUAAAUUGUUUUCAUUAAUUGUUACCAUAUUUUCAUCCACUUCUUAUUCUUUGCCAUAUAAGUUUCUGCCAUUAAUUGCUUUUUCAACUUUUUUUGUAAUUUCGUCUGGAACUUCAAAGUCUUGUUACAUUUUUUAUUUCUGACUUUUAUAUCCUCAUCUGUCCUUAUAUCUACGAAUCUUCCAUUGUUCGAGACAAUGCGGGAAGUCUUUUUCUGUUUUUAUGUUCCUACAAGACGCGCGUAUAUUUUUCAACAGACUCAAAUUUUGUUUCUUUUAUUGCAGUUUGAUUCGUCACACGUUAUCACCUUGAAUUAAUUGUUGACUGACUCCGUUGGCAGCUAAAGAUUCGUUUUAUGUACUAUCAUCACAUUCUUGAAUCUUAGUUUCCUCGAAAUCUCUACUAUGCCGUAAACAAACAAAAAGACCUUCUUAGAAACGUGUUGAUUGGUCACAAAAAAUAAGCAAGAAAUAUCCCGCGCGUCCACUAAACUUUAGCUUCGACAACUUAUUCGAACAGGACCGGUUUCACGGUCUAUAUUGGUGGACGAGUCCGGAAUAGUAUUAUGAAUAGAGUCAAAUAUUUUCAAAACUGUUUUAAAUUAAAAAUUUAUUGACUAUUUUAAUAUUCCAAUUUAAAGUUUCCAAUAUUUUACAAUGUUAAUUUAUAUCAAUUCCUUCCCCUGUAUAGACUAUUAAAUUGUUAUGUAUACAUAUUUUUUUUUUCAAUAUUAUCACAAAAUUUUAUUCAGUUCCCAUUCUAACAAAAUCUGAGUUUUUUUUGUAUAAAUAUUUUUAAAUGCUCGUAACGAAAAGUAAAUAUGACAGAAAAAUUUUUUUCAUACCAUAGAAUGAAAAUUAUCAAAUUUUGACGAAAUCUUUGGAUGGCAACAGAAUCUAAUUUAUUUUAAAUACUAAAUGGUGUGUAAAUAUUCACUUGACACUCUCCUGACCCAUCCACUAUGCCAUCAAAUUGUUGAAUAACGGCUGCUGGACGCUUUAUAUAUAAAACCACCUUCUCGAACAUUCGAAUUCUUUAAAUCUCUUGAUAGCCUCUUUAAUUUCGAUAAAAUGAGAAUAUGUUUACUUGGAUGAGUUGAUUCAACGUUAAGAGGGUUGCCUUUUCAAUUUUUAUAAAGUGAAAGUGCGAUGAACAGGUUCGAAACAAAGUAUUUCUUUUCAAAAUAUUCACCAUUAAGGUCUAUACAUUUUUGCACAGGCUCCAACCAAAAUUUUCCACUCUGAAGCUUAUAUCGUAGAAACAUGGUUUUGAAAAACAAUAAUACCGGCGAUUUUUUGAUUUCUCACACUUAAAUGUAUAAAAUUGAUUGUAUUGCAGUCUGCAAUAUCCUUAGAGACUUUUGUAUCUAUCUGUUAAUUACAUCUUGUUAAGUAAAGCCUUUUCUCUAAUCAUAGAAAUAAGCCUUCGCGGUUGAUUUCCAUUUUUACACACAUAAGCUUCUUUUAAACGUUCGCCAUCAACAACUACUUAAGUCAAGUGGUUUGGAAAUAACAAAAAUCAAUGUUCAUAAAUACAUUGAUGCCACGUCGUCAUUAACGCCACAUUUUGCUCGGUUGUAAAAACUUGAACGGCAACUCUCGUAUAAGGACAUGACCGGCUUCACGGACCAAAUAUCAAAUGUGUAUUUUUUAAUAUAAGUUAUACAUUUGAAAUGUGUAUAAACAAUAGUUGAUACGUCAGAUUAUUAUCCCAGGAAACGUUUGCUGGCAUAUUUAAAUCCACUUUAUCUUUUUUAAUGUUAGAUGAAUUAUUCAUUUAAAUUCUGAGCUUCCAAACUAAAUUAGAAUAUACCCAGUCAAGAUUUUUAUAUGACAAAUGUCAAAACAAAUUUAUUUAGAAUGUUCUCGUAAUAGAUGUGGUUAUAGGGCAUAAAUUUCGGUGGAAUUUUAUUACUUUUUUUAACGAACUUUGAUAUCCUUGAAGCAUUUAAUUUACGGCUUGGAAUAUCCAGCAAUUUUUAAAAGACAAUAAUCACAAAAGAUGUGAAGUAUAAAAGCAAAUAUGAUUAUAAAAUUAAUUUUGUUCAGUAGUAAAAUUUUGUGAAAAUAUUUCUUGAAAAUAUAAAAGAUAUAGAUGUUAAAAAUGUCAGUAUUUAAGAUAGCUUUUCAAAUGGCUAGACCCUCCUAAUAUGUACUUGAAAUUACGAAUAAAAUAUUCAGUUGAG